AUGGUUGCUCCGGGACCAACCUCGGAUGUAAAUCGCGAGUACUUUGCGCAGAACAACGAGCGCGCUAUCGAAGAGGGCCGUGGUGGUGUUGAGGAGUACGAGAAGACGGAUGAGAAGGCAAGGGAGUUACUGCGCCGACUAGCCACGAGCAAGCCGUAUUUUAGGAAGGGGCCGACAAUUGACAACACCGGUGCUGUUAUAUCUCGUGGACAUUCGGCAGUGGGCUCUGGCCUUGGAGGGCCUGGACCAAUUCGAACUCGGGAUAGCCGUACGAAUUCAACAGUUGGAACACGGCGGCAAACCCGACUCCAGCCCCACGCAACCAGUUUGUCACCCGCACUUCCCGGGCCGAGAGACUGGCUACCACCUGAUGACGAGAGCAUCAUGUCGCUGUUCUUGACUGGCGUCGAAGAUGACCUUCCCGAAUAUAAGAUCCGAGACUUUUUCCAACCGCAUGGUAAAAUCAAAAGUCUAAUAUGUUCCCACAUGUCUCAUUGCGCGUUUAUCAACUUUGAAACUCGCGAGGCCGCGGAGAAGGCCGCUCUUUCUUGCCAGGGACGUGCAGUAAUUGCGGGUUGUCCUCUACGCGUCCGUUGGAAGGCGCCUUCAGCUGUCGGCAAUAUGAAUCGAGAACAAAGGUCUCAGAUGUUAAUGGAUGCCCGUCGCACCAUUGUCAGCGGGAAGCCAAGGGCUGGCGGCCAGAACUCUGAGACACGAGAAGAAUCUGCCGCAGAGUCCCAUGGGACUCCAUCUGAUCAGCUGGCUACUGUUGCUCCACCAGGAACUACCGAGGUGCCCGGAAUUCAGGCACAAGAAAAGGCGAAGAAGGUUGAAGACGAUGACUACAGUGACAUAAGUGAGGAUGAGGAUCCUCUUAUGCUGCAACGUGACGCAAAGGACUGGAAGAAUCAGGAUCAUUAUGCCGUACUUGGUCUCUCAAAAUUUCGGUACAAGGCUACAGAGGACCAGAUUAAACGAGCCCAUCGCAAGAAGGUCCUUCGUCACCACCCCGACAAGAAGGCGGCUGCGGGCCGGACGGAUGAUGAUAACUUCUUCAAAUGCAUUCAAAAGGCGACAGAAGUUCUACUCGAUCCUGUGAGACGACGCCAGUAUGACUCGGUUGAUGAAGCAGCCGAUGUUGAUCCUCCAAGCAAGAAGCAACUUUCCAAGGGAAAUUUUUACAAGCUUUGGGGUGGGGUUUUCAAGUCCGAGGCCCGAUUCUCCAAAAGUCAUCCUGUUCCGGCAUUUGGAAAUGAGAAAUCCAGUAAGGACGAGAAGAAGGCCGAGGACAACGCUCGCUUGCGGAAACUCCUUGAUGACUGUUCCGCCAGCGAUGAGCGUAUCAAACGGUUCCGGAAAGAGGCUAAUGCCGCGAAAAAUCAGAAGAGGGUAGAAAAGGAGGAGUCUGAGCGCAAGGCAAAAGAAGAAGCACAGUCUAAGAAAGAGGAGGCUGCCAAGGCUCUCAAGGCGGCGGAAGAGGCCGCCAAAGCUGACAGGGAAAACAAGCGAAUUCUCAAGGGCUCUGUUAAGGAUGCGAACUACUUUGCCAGUGGUGAACCAAGUGCGGCGAUAAUUGACGGGGUCUUAGCCGAAGUUGAUUUAGUUCAGUCGAAGCUUGACAAUGAGGAUAUCGCCGCUCUCGCCGCUAGACUGUCCGGACUCAGGGUUUCUGGGGAAAUCAAAGCGGCCUGGCAGGAAGAGGUGAAGAGACUGCAGGGUGCUGGCCUUCUAAGCGUGGGAGAUGCGAAGCGCAAGGUGUGGUGGAGCGUCGGCAAGAGCGUCGGCAAGAGCGUCGGCCUCAAUGGGGGUAGGAUCGAGCUGAAGGAGGGAAUCAGAGUUGCCCUUGAGGGCUUCGCCGGGGUAGAUCUUCUGAAACAAGCCAACUUGAAACAGUGGCAUCCCCUAUUUGAGCUUAAUCUCAGCUUAUGA